AUGCAGCUCUCUGCUGAAGAAAUGGCAAGAAGUCAGGCCUACCGAAAGGCCGCAGGUGCCGCUAUGGCAUUUACCAAUGACUACUUCUCGUGGCAAUCCGAGAAAGCCAGCACUGGUGGUCGAGCGCAAAACGCCAUUCCAUUCGCUAUGGACCUGUGCAGCUUGACAGAGGACCACGCAAGAGCAGGCAAUGCUAAGCUAUAA